AUGCCAUCAGAGGAGUUUAUUCGUGGGAUGCUCUACCUGUCCCUCACUGUGGUGGGCAUCCCAGGGAACACUGCAGUCAUCUUGUCAUUGCUCCUGGCGUUGUACCAAGAAAACCACCUCCUCCCAGCUGAUGCCAUCAUCCUGCACCUGGCCUGCGUAAACCUGCUGGUUGUAGCUGUGCGCUGUUUGCUUGAGACCCUUGCCUCCUUCCGCAUGGCCAGUAUCUUCGGAGACACGGGCUGCAAGGCAAUCAUCUUUGUCUACAGAACAUCACGCUCCCUCUCAAUUUGGCUCACUUUCAUCCUGAGUGCUUACCAGUGCCUUAGCAUUGCCCCUCCAGGAUCGCGUUGGGCCUCUGUUCGUGCCCUUGCAGCCCAAUAUCUGGGCCUUGUUUUUCUCCUCCUAUGGAUCAUCAACACCUGCAUGAGCUCGGCAGCCAUCCUCUUCUCCCUUGGCACCAAAAAUGACUCCAGCCUCACCAACCAUGGCAUCAAUGUACAGUUCUGCUAUGUUAGCUUCCCUUCCAAGCUGUCCAAACAAGCCAACGGGGCUGCUCAGGUGGGCAGGGAUGUUGUGCCCAUGGCCCUCAUGACCCUGGCCAGUCUGAUUAUCCUUGUUUUUCUUUACAAACACAGCCGGCAGGUGAAGGGGCUCCGCAGCAGCAGUAGUGGGGGUAGCAGUGGGGCCGAGCGGCGAGCUGCCAAGGCCGUGGUAGCACUUGUGACCUUGUAUGUGGUCCUCUAUGGGGUGGAUAAUGGGCUUUGGGUAUACACACUCACUGUGAAAAAGACCAUGAGUUCCUCACUAAUUUCUGACAUGCGUAUAUUCUUCUCCUCGCUCUACGCUGCAGUAAGCCCUCUGGUUAUCAUUGCCUCCAACAGGAAGGUGAAUGGCAGGCUAAGAUGUAUAGUGCCGAAGAAACCUGUUCAGGAUAAAGCAACUUCUGUCUGUGCUAUGUGA